AUGGCCAUGGGUCCCGGCGAGCAGCGCGUCAUCCACCCAUUCUUUCAAAAAGAUUUAGGAUCAACGAGGCCCGCCGAAGUAUCACCACACGAAUCCGUGAACCCUGCAGCGAAUGCCAAUGCAUUUCCCCGUAACAUCCCCUCGAUUGACGCUCAACAUGCUGCUCAGGAUGAGGGUGCAGUGACCGGUGUCCUUGUCUCAAAUGUUACUCAGGCGGAUGUUUCGCCGGUGAUCUCUCCGAAAGAAGACUUGAACGAGGCUCGACGGAAGAGAAGGAAGGUCGAUUCGAAACAUGCAGCUGAACCCGAGAAUAUCACUCAGUCGGCUUUAUCAUCGUGGCUAGGUCACAAUGCGUCCCCCCAGACCCAGCCUUUGGUCUCGGAGUCACUUCCCCAAGAGACCGGCACACAUCAACAAGCCAAUCCUUUACCAGAAAACGACUUGUCGCAGGAAGGGCCUGGCCUGACCGCUGGUCGCCCACGAAAGACGCUGAAAAUCAAUUCCAACGGGAAGCUCUUGAGCUCCCCUGCGCGUAUCUCUCCUCAAGAAACCAAGAAGAAAGGAGAGAAACGGGGGAGAUCCCGAAGUGUGGAAAGCAAAAUCUUGGUUAUGAAAUACAGCAUUGACAAGGACAUGGGACAAUUGAUUGAUGACAUACUAGCUGGUCGAAAAAUCCAACGCCCAGCACCGGCGUCUGCUCCUGUUCGCCCAUCAACUGUUGCAAGCAAACUUUCCAAGCCGACACACCCAUUCUUCGUCAAAAAGUCCACACAGAAACAUCAAAUCUCGAGCUCGAGCAACAGUACACCAGACUCCCGCGAUUUCUCUCGCGAGGUGCCCUCAGAGCCGACAUCAACUCCGACCGUAGAGAAAAAACGAGUGCCGGGCUUCUCAAUUGGCUCGUCCUCGACAGUUGGGCGACGUAUGUCCAAAUUUCCUGAGCUUGUAGAUCCACUGUGGCCACCACGGGACUUUGUCCAUGUCAGAGAUGGCGAUGUGCUCACAAACCACAAUGACGUCCCACCUCUUGCUUCCAGCCAAGAUCAGAAGAAGUCAAAAGUGGCAGCUGUUCGCAUUGCUGACGAGGAAAACUCCCUUCUUGUCAGUACCAAGCAGGCAAGGGAACAAGCCGAGCGAGCCCUCAAAAGUAAUGCCAAAAACGACCGGGCUCUGUUGCGAUUACCCGACCGAAAAGUUGCUAGCGGGCUCGUUCUCCAAACCGCAAUGGAUAAACAGAUGUCAUGGCAUUUGCCGGAUCCUUUUAGUUCUUUUCGUUGCCCCGAUUGGUCUGCCAAUCCUGCUAUUUCCAAACUUCGAUCGGCGCUACUCUCGUCUAGGAGUGCCUUUGACCGGGGACAAUACGAAUCACAGCUCUGGGCCCACAAAUAUGCGCCCCAAACAGCAACUGAGGUCCUUCACGCUGGCCGUGAGGUCCAGGUGCUUCGGGACUGGCUUCGACUGCUGAAAAUCACGGCUAUCGACACCGGAAAACCAACAAAAGACGGCACAAAACCCAAAGCAAGCGUUGACAAGAAGCGGAAGAAGCGGCGCAAGCAGACGGAAAAGCUCGAUGGUUUCAUUGUUUCAAGCGACGACGAGGCAUCGGAGAUGGACAAACUCUCUGGUUCUGAUGAUGAAUUGGCGGGCGACGUAACAGUGUCAAAGACCGUCGUUCGAACGGGUGAUCUGGCUUUCAGUCUGCAGUCUGGAAGCGAUAAGGGCCGUCUCACCAAUGCGAUCCUAAUCAGUGGCCCCUCUGGUUGUGGCAAAACUGCUGCAGUGUAUGCAGUCGCUAAAGAGCUGGACUUCGAGGUCUUUGAGCUUAACCCGGGAACUCGCCGAAGUGCCAGAUAUAUGCUCGAGCGCGUCGGAGAUAUGACGCAAAACCACCUCGUUUAUUUGCUGAAUGACAGCGACGAAUCUUCUGGGAAGAGUCCCGCGUGCGAUGAUGAGGGCAAGCAGAACAAGUUGAUGAACUUCUUCAAGGGUCCAACUGGCAAGAAGACAAAGACUGCGGAUAGCCCUGCUCAACCAAGCCUAAAGUCCGAUGCCGAAGCUAAACGCCCUCGAGAGCAGAAGCAGUCGCUGAUCUUGCUUGAAGAAGCCGAUCUGCUGUUUGAAGAGGAUAAACAAUUCUGGACCGGAGUCCACGCCCUCAUCAGCCAGUCCCGGCGGCCAAUUGUUAUCACAUGCAACGACGAAAGCCUGAUCCCUAUCAAAGAACUGUCGUUGCAUGCCAUCUUGCGGCUGCGCCCACCCCCCCCGGGAACUUGUCGUCGACUACCUCCUUCUUAUGGCGGCGAACGAGGGCCACAUGCUGAAAAGACAGGCGUUGGCAGCGAGAAGGGAGGGCUGGACUGGUUUCUACCCAAGUCGUUCGGGAGGAUAGAUGUCGACCAGAGUGGUGAUCAAUCCCGAGUCAUCAGUCUGAACACUUACGAGCCGUACAUGGGCUGGUACAAUCGUGAUCUUUUCCUCAGCCACUCUCCACUGGACAAGGAGACCGAAGCUCUGCGAAAUCUCUAUCACUGGUGGGGACUCAACGUGCCGGAUGCCGAAACAGUGGCCGGUGUAAAUGAUGUUGAGCUUACGCUUGUUCAUCAAUGGCCAACUGCUUCAAAGUCCUCCCAGCUUGAUAUGCUCACGCGCGAUGCGGAUUACCUUGAAAUGCGAAGUUCACUUGACAUCCUGUCCUCUGGAUGCUCUUUGGACAUGGCUCAGGCAAGUUUUGACGUUGUUGAUAUUUCUGCUCUUCCGCUUCCCGAGGGCCACCGCUCUAACUUUGUCGACAGCUGGCCGCUCUUGCACGCUGACUUGCGGCCUGAAUACACAUCGAUGACCGAGGCUAUUACCACUUCAUUUGGUGCAUUGCUUGGCCAGGUCUUUCGGCCCGGUCACCAGGGAGCCUUUGAACCAGUACAUGCGCUCCGCCUGAUGGGCAAGUUGACGGAGCCAUUCCAUCGUCAGCAAGUACCUCCAUCUUCAGUUCCAGAGUUCCAGCGAAUCUUCGAAGCCGUCAUGCGAGCAAACUACACAAUGCCCCAGCCCGGUUCCCGCCCGGCCCUGUCAUUCGAGAACGGCCUUUCGCCUAUCACCGAGGACCUCGCACCAUAUAUUCGCAGUAUCAUGGUCUUUGACGGCCGCUUGAAGGAAUACCGAGACAGUUUGAGCUCUGUGCUUUCACAGGAGAAGCCUGGACGUGGUGAGAAACGAAUGCGAACGACACGUGCCAGUCGGGCAGCUCUCGAGGGAGGUGACAAGUCUUCCACGCGAAAAGAGAGAUGGUUUCCUUCAGAUACGAAGUAUUUUCCCGUCAUGAGCACCGGUAAGCCAGAGUGGCAGGAUAUCUUAUUUCAGCUCGGAUAUUUUCAUGUGCAACCUCUUCCGGAGUCGGCUGGAGAUAGCAGUGAGCAUGUGUCGGAUGAUGAGAGACAGGGUACUUAUUAG